GCUGUCCCCGCCCUCAGCCCGCGGGGGGCGGCGGCGGCGGCUGAGGCGGGCGCCCGGUCCGUGCCCUCGUCCCCGCGGGCCCCAUGAGUCCGAGUCAUGACGGACGCCCAGUAUGUCCUGUGCCGAUGGGAAGAGCGGCUGUGGCCGGCCCAGGUGCUGGCCAGAACGGAGACGUCCACCGGACGUAAGAGGAAAAAAGAAUUUUUCCUGAGUGUUCAAAUACUCUCCCUAGAUGAAAAGAUUGAGGUGAGGAGCACAGAUGUGGAAACCCUGAAGACGGCGCACAUCGAACGGAUAGCCUCCUCCCUGGCCUCCCAGGAUGCGGUUCCCGCCGAGCCCCUGGAGGAGCUGGCCUACAGACGCUCGCUUCGAGUGGCUCUGGACGUUCUCAGCCAGAGAGCCGCAUCGCCUGGAGAGAGCUCUUCGAGGGAAGGAAGAGCGGCUCUGUCCUCUGGAGGGAAGUCUGCGGACCUGGCCUCCUCACUCUGUGACCCCAGCUCUUCCGGUCUCCAGGAAGCCGUGCCGAGCAGUUCUGGACUUGAGAGGCGGGAACGUGUACACCCAAGGCUGGCGGCUUCACCCGCUUGUAGGAAGGACUCCAGGCGCCAAGUGGCCCACGAGGAGGAGCUCGGGAAAAGUGAGAGCCUGCGAGCCGUGGCGGCCCCCUUGGCCGGAGCUGCCUCUCGGGUCAGCAGUGGAUGGAGAGCGCGCUGUAGAAGGCGGACAGCCCCGAGGCCAAGGGGGAGGAAGUUAGCACAGGAGCCUCGCCUGGGUGAGAGAGCACUUGCGCUCUCGGAGGGAGAUGGUGGAAAAGAGAGCAGCCCGCCAGCCCCCGGCUCAGCUCCCAGCGUCAGGGAGGAGGGUCUGUGGGCCAAAGGGCGAGACCCGGGUUUGCCUCUGCACGGCCCUGAUGGGCUCCCGACCCUGGGGCGCCCCACCAAGCGGCUGUGCCCAGAUGGCAGCCAGACGCUGCCCGCCCUGCAGCUGGAGCCAGGGGCAGUGCCCAGGCAGGAGCCCAGGGGCUGCACGAGUCUGCGCAGCGCUGGUGAACUCGGCCGGCCGGCCCCCCGUGCUGCUGCGGAGCCGCCGAGAGAUCUUCACAUCCUGGUGGAGGAAGACCGUCAGUCUUCUGGAGAGUCCGUGGAGUUCAAUCCCAUUCAUUCCGUCCUGGAGGAAGAUGAGGACGACGAGGAGCCGCCCAGAAUCCUCUUUUACCACGAGCCGCGCUCGUUUGAAGCGGGAAUGCUGGUCUGGAUGAAGCACCAGAAGUACCCCUUCUGGCCAGCGGUGGUCAAGAGCGUCCGGCGAAGAGAGAAGAAAGCCAGUGUGCUCUUUAUCGAGGGGCACAUGGACCCGAAAGGGAGAGGUAUCACGGUGUCUCUCAGGAGAUUGAAGCACUUCGACUGCAAAGAGAAACAGGCUCUUCUGAAUGAGGCCAAGGAGGACUUCGACCAGGCCAUCGGCUGGUGCGUCUCCCUGAUCACGGACUACAGGGUCCGGCUCGGCUGCGGCUCCUUCGCCGGCUCCUUCCUGGAGUACUACGCUGCGGACAUAAGUUAUCCUGUCCGCAAGUCCAUCCAGCAGGACGUCUUGGGAACCAGGUUCCCGCAGCUGAGCAAGGGGGAUCCCGAGGAGCCUGUGGCGGGGAGCCCCCAGGGGAGGAGGCAGCCCUAUAGGAAGGUCCUCCCCGACCGGUCCCGGGCUGCCCGGGACCGGGCCAACCAGAAGCUGGUGGAGUACAUCGUGAAAGCCAGGGGCGCCGAGGGCCACCUGCGGGCCAUCCUGAAGAACCGGAAGCCGUCCCGGUGGCUGAAGACGUUCCUGACGUCGGGUCAGUACGUGACGUGCGUGGAGACGUACCUGGAGGACGAGCAGCAGCUGGACGUGGUGGUGAAGUACUUGCAGGGCCUGUACCAGGAGGCGGGCGGCCGGGCACCGGCGCGGGCCAGCGGCGACAGGAUCCGCUUCAUCCUGGACGUUCUUCUGCCUGAAGCCAUCAUCUGCGCCAUCGCGGCAGUGGACGCUGUGGAUUACAAGACGGCGGAGGAGAAGUACCUCAGAGGACCGUCCCUCAGCUACCGGGAAAAAGAAAUAUUUGAUAACCAGCUCCUAGAAGAAAGGAGUCAGCGGUGCUGACACCGGAGGGGCCGCCGCGGGUCCCAUGGCCGGGUCGCGAGCGGGAUCUGCAGGACCAGGGCCGGGCUGUGCUCACUUCUCAUCUGUGGGUGUGCUUUUCCUGGCUUUCUUGGAAGGUAGAGUUUCUGAAAGGUGUUUGGAACAAAAAUGUUUUAUUUUACUGGAUGCCAGUACUUCU